AUGGCUGCGCUCGUAGUGAGAGGUGUUCGGGACAUGCUGAAGCGUGCGGACUUUGCGACGGUCCCGCGGAGACAACGACAUAAGAAGAAAUGGGCUUCCACAGAGCCCAAAUUUCCUGCUACUCGACUGGCUCUGCAGAAUUUUGACAUGACCUACAGUGUGCAAUUUGGAGAUCUCUGGCCAUCGAUCCGGGUCAGUCUCCUCUCAGAGCAGAAGUAUGGUGCACUGGUCAAUAACUUCGCUUCUGGGGAUCAUGUGAGUGCUGAGCUGAAGCAGCUGAAGGCCAGGGACUUUGUGAAUGAAGCUAUCUUCCACAGGGAACCAGAGCCUGAGAAUAGCCAAACUGUUGCUCCAUCCCCUGCGUCCUGGGCUUGCAGUCCAAAUCUUCGUUGUUUUACUUUCACCAGAGGGGAUGUCAGCCGUUUCCCUCCUGCCAGGCGUGGCAGCCUGGGUCUCAUGGAUUACUACCUGAUGGAUGCUGCAUCCUUGCUGCCUGUCCUGGCCCUUGGCCUGCAGCCUGGUGACACCGUGCUUGACCUGUGUGCAGCCCCUGGGGGAAAGACAUUAGCAUUGCUUCAGACUGGCUGUUGCCGCAAUCUUGCUGCCAAUGAUCUCUCCACAUCACGAACGAGCAGGCUACAGAGGGUCCUUGACAACUAUGUGCCUCAAGAUGUCAGGGAUAAGAAUCGAGUUCGAGUCACAUCAUGGGAUGGCAGGAAGUGGGGAGAAUUGGAGGGGGACACCUAUGACCGGGUGCUAGUGGAUGUGCCUUGUACCACAGACCGCCACUCCCUUCAUGAGGAGGAAAACAACAUCUUUCAGCGUUCGAGGAAGAAGGAGCGGCAGAUGUUGCCUAUGUUGCAGGUGCAGCUUCUUGCGGCUGGACUCCUUGCCACCAAACCAGGAGGCCACGUUGUCUAUUCCACCUGCUCACUUUCACACUUACAGAAUGAGUAUGUGGUGCAAGGUGCCAUCGAGCUCCUGGACAAUCAAUACAGCAUCAAGGUUCAGGUGGAAGACUUGACUCACUUCCGAAAGCUUUUCAUGAACACAUUUUCUUUCUUCCCAUCCUGCCAAGUUGGGGAGCUGGUAAUCCCAAACCUCAUGGCCAAUUUUGGGCCUAUGUACUUUUGCAAAAUGUGUAGAAUGACGUAG